GCUCCCACGGUGCUGCUGUGGAGAGCUGUGAGAGCGACAGCCAGGAGGAAUAAAAGCCAUUAAGUCCCCCCGUGCCUCCACAGGCAGGGUCCCAAGGAGCUAAGCACAGCUCUGGGGUCCCACUGGAGAGGACUCCCCCAGCAGGCUUUCACUGAAGGAUUUUGCUGUUCCUCUGCCUGGUCUCCUCAUGCACAGGUGAACAGAUUUGGCACCCACGGCACUCUCAGACACCCCGAAAGGUUCAUCACGAUGACUGCUGGCCUGGAGAAAGCCUGCCACCGGUGCAUAUCCAAAAUUGCCAGCAAUGCAUUCUUUAUAUUUGGGCUCCUUGCUUUCCUUGCCUUACCUCUGUCCAUGACUGUUGUAGGAAUGAAGUUUUUGGAAGAUUGCCCAGUUCAGCCACUAAUUCCAUUAUAUCUGUUGGUGGGUGGCGUGAUUGGCAGCUUAAAGGUGACUCUCCUGCUGUAUGACUCAACCAGGAUGAGGCAGCUGCUUUCCAAGUCUGUUGUGAUUGAUGAUGAUGAUGACGACGAAUAUCCCUGGAGGCAGAAUGCUCACAAGUACUACAUCCAUCUAACCCUCAGCCUUUUCCUCUUUCUCUGGUUCAUUCUUGGGAACUUCUGGGUUUUUUCUGUGUACCUGCCAAAUUUCAUCCCGCCUUUUCAUCAGCCUCAGGAUUACUGUGACAAAACCCUGUACAUUUUUGCUGUCGGUGUUCUCAUUAUUAGCCAUACUGUUCUGUUUCUCCUUAUCUUUUGUAGCUGCUGCAUAUAUUGUUUUUCCAGGCAAAGAUUCUCUUCUGAGGAAGACUAAAUGUCACAUAAAUAAAGCCCUAGAUGUUUGGGCAAGAGUGUACAACAAAGAAUAGGCAAUAAUACACCCUUAUGUACAUCUUUGUUGUACUAUAUGUAUGUAUGAUAGCAGUCAACUGCAAGAGGAAAAUGUAAAAUAUAGUGCCAUCUGGAAAUAGCUAUGCUGGAAUACAGUAUAGUCUAUGUAAAAUUGUUGCUACAGAUGCCAGGGUGCACUCUUGCUAACUUUUACAUCCCUUUUUUAACUCUUGGAUGUUCUAUCUGGAGCAAGCUCCUGCAGAUGGCGAACUCCUCUAAAACCAGGUCUCCCUAUGUUGUAUAUACGGCACAGUACAGCAUAGUACAUUUCUGCCUGUAAAAGUAGCCAUAUUGUCCUCUUCAUUGAAAUCUGAGCAUCUCCAUAACCUUGCUGAGAUUUGUUCUGUCCCUGCAUUACAUACAGAUGAGGGAGUGAGACAAGGAGACAAAGGGCUGUAUUCAGGCCACUUUGCAUGGUUCAUGGACUUUGACAGUAAGUUAGAUGCUUGCUAGAGAGCAAUUCAGGCCACAGUCAGAUCAGCCAGGAAGUAGGCAUGAUAGCAGUACACACAUGUAUAAAAGGCAGCCUGAAUAUGGCC